AUGGGUAACCAGCAGUCCAACAUCGGCGGAGGAGAGGGAAGGGACGACAAAGAUAAGAAGAAGGACAAGCCCAAGUACGAGCCGCCUCCACCACCCACCACCCGCAUCGGCCGCAAGAAGCGCAAGGCAGCCGGCCCCAGCACCGCCUCCAAGCUUCCAGAUAUCUAUCCUACGUCACGAUGCAAACUACGAUAUCUCCGAAUGCAGCGCGUCCACGACCACCUACUGUUAGAGGAGGAGUACGUCGAAAACAUGGAGCGGCUGCGAAAGGCCAAGGCACAAGGUUCCUCUGGGCCGGCUAGCCAAGGCGAUCUGGACAUCACAGACCGAAAUGCGGAUGAGCGCAGCCGUGUCGAUGAUAUGAGAGGAAGCCCCAUGGGCGUUGGUAACCUGGAGGAGUUGAUCGACGACGACCACGCGAUUGUCUCGAGCGCGACUGGGCCGGAAUACUACGUGUCCAUCAUGUCCUUUGUUGACAAGGACCUCCUUGAACCCGGCGCUAGCAUCCUUCUGCAUCACAAGUCGGUUUCGGUGGUUGGUGUGCUGACGGAGGAGUCGGAUCCGUUGGUCUCGGUGAUGAAGCUCGACAAGGCUCCGACUGAGUCGUACGCGGAUAUUGGUGGUCUAGAGUCGCAGAUUCAGGAGGUCCGAGAGUCGGUCGAGUUGCCGCUGCUGCAUCCUGAGUUGUACGAAGAAAUGGGUAUCAAGCCGCCCAAGGGUGUCAUUCUUUACGGAGCUCCCGGAACUGGCAAAACGCUGCUUGCCAAGGCUGUCGCCAACCAGACCAGUGCUACCUUCUUGCGUAUUGUUGGAAGUGAGUUGAUUCAGAAGUACCUUGGAGAUGGUCCACGUUUGGUGCGCCAGAUUUUCCAGGUGGCGGCAGAACACGCUCCUUCUAUUGUCUUCAUUGAUGAAAUCGAUGCCAUCGGUACCAAGCGUUAUGACUCGACGUCUGGUGGUGAGCGUGAAAUUCAACGAACCAUGCUUGAAUUGCUUAACCAGCUGGAUGGAUUCGAUGACCGUGGAGAUGUCAAGGUUAUUAUGGCCACAAACAAGAUCGAAACACUCGACCCGGCUUUGAUUCGUCCUGGACGUAUUGACCGAAAGAUUCUGUUUGAGAAUCCUGAUCAAAACACCAAGAAGAAGAUUUUCACGCUCCACACCUCGAAGAUGUCCCUCGGAGACGACGUCGACCUCGAUGAGUUCAUCAACCAGAAGGACGAUCUCUCCGGUGCCGAUAUCCGCGCCAUCUGUACUGAGGCCGGUCUGAUGGCUCUGAGAGAACGCCGUAUGAGGGUCCAGAUGGAGGACUUCCGUGCCGCUCGUGAACGGAUCAUGAAGACGAAACAGGACGGUGGACCAGUGGAGGGACUGUACUUGUAG